AUAAUUAGGGUUUGGAUUUUUUUCACAUUAUAUAUAGAUAUAUACUGUAGAUGUCAGCGGCAGUAACCAACCAACUAGCGGGAGUAUUUUUCUUGUUAAAUCCGAAAAUCUUGGCAUAUUAAAUACGAAUUCCUGACGGGUUUACCGAACCUAAACAUUGGCAAAAGGCUUCUUGUUUUGGAAUUAAAAGGUCAUGGUUGCUCUGGGAGAUUUAGCAGUCAAGUUUGGUGGGAUGAUCAAGAGAGAGGGGGCUUUUGAUUUCAAGAAUGGUGUAUUUGGUGUCCCAAUUAAGAGGAAUGAAGUGUGUGCACUUAAUUUAAGGAAGCUGAGAGCUGGUGAGUCUAGAAUUGGUGGAGUUCAGGCUGUGAUGCAAGUAGGAGUUGAGAGUGAUGCAGGGGUUUCUCCAGAUUCGAAGAGUUUGGAAGGGGCUCUGGGGUUUGAUGUGGUUACAGAAGUGGAAUUGAGGGAGAAGGGGUUCUUGGGGCUGAGGAAGACGAAGCUUGUGUGCACGAUAGGGCCCGCGUGCUGCUCUCUCGAUGAUCUGGAGAAGCUGGCUAUGGGAGGGAUGAAUGUGGCUAGGCUCAACAUGUGCCACAAUACUAGGGAGUGGCAUCAGGAUUUGAUUAGGAAGAUUAAGAAGUUGAAUGAAGAAAAGGGGUUUUGUGUGUCUCUGAUGAUUGAUACUGAGGGUAGUCAGAUUCAUGUGGUUGAUCAUGGUUCUCCUUCCACUGUUAAAGCAGGGGAAGGCUCAGUUUGGUUCUUUACAAAUGAAAAGUUUGAGGGUUCUCGUCCAUUUACGAUUCAAGCAAAUUAUGAAGGUUUUGCUGAAGGCAUACAUGUAGGCGAUGAAAUCGUAUUUGAUGGAGGAAUGGCAACCUUCAAAGUGGUGGAAAAGGUUGGGAAUGAUCUGCGUUGUCAGUGCACAGACCCUGGCUUGCUCUUGCCACGAGCUAAACUAAGUUUUUGGAGAGAUGGGAAACUUGUUGAAAAAAAUUAUCAGCUUCCUACUCUGUCACCUAAGGAUUGGUCCGACAUAGAUUUUGGGAUUUCUGAAGGUGUUGAUUUUAUUGCUAUGUCAUUUGUGAAUGACGCUGAUGCUGUCACGCAUCUGAAGAACCAUAUUUCCACCAAAUCCUCCAAAUCGAUACAAGUAUUGGCAAAGAUAGAGAGUUUGGAGGCUCUUCAUAAAUUGCAUGAAAUCGUUGCAGCUUCUGAUGGAAUCAUGAUAGCAAGAGGAGACCUUGGUGUCGAAAUCCCACUAGAACAAAUUCCAACAGUACAAGAGGAAAUCACCUACGUAUGCAGGCAGCUUAAUAAGCCAGUAUUGGUAGCUUCUCAGCUUUUGGAGUCGAUGGUUGAAUAUCCCACCCCGACAAGAGCUGAGGUUGCUGAUGUUUCAGAGGUCGUUCGCCAAUAUGCUGAUGCACUGAUGCUCUCUGGAGAGUCGGCUAUUGGACCAUUCGGACAGAAAGCUCUCUCUGUGCUGCGGAUGACCAGUAGCCGGAUGGAACUGUGGAGUCGCGAAGAGAACAGGCAAGACGUUCUGUUACAGCAUAAUCUCGAAGCAUCUUUGCCAGACCGAAUUGCUGAGCAAAUCUGUAAUUCUGCUGCAGCAAUGGCAAACAACUUAGGGCUAGAAGCUAUCUUCGUGUACACAAGGCACGGGCAGAUGGCAUCAGUGAUCUCACGCAACCGUCCAAAUCCUCCCAUAUUCGCAUUCACAAAUGACAGCAGCACGAGGAUGGCCCUCAACCUACGUUGGGGAGUCACUCCACUUCUGGUCGAUCUAUCAGAUGAUAUGGAAGGUAACAUCACCAGAUCUGUCCAUCUUCUGAAGACCAAAGGAUUGAUCAAGAAUGGUGAUACGGUGCUAGUCGUCUCCGACGUCAUCCCGACCUCCACGACACAGACUGUGUUUCAAUCCAUUCAGGUGAAAACCAUUGUGUAGGUGUGUUGUAGGUGGAGAGGAUUAGUGAUUGAUCUAUUUAGUCUGCUUGAACUUUCGAAGGUUUGCUUUUCUGCUUUAGACAUGUUUAAAUAUCAAGUUAAAUUAAACUUUUAAGACCUCUAUCAUGUUCAUGUAAUGCCAAUUUCCACCAAGUGCGACAAAAUUCUUUUCAA